AUGGUCUUUCUCCCAUCAGCCACGGCGGGCGAGCUGGCCCCAAUUCCCGAUAACAUUCCUAUCAGCGAAUUUAUGCUGAAUGAAAAAUAUGGCCGUCAUCCUCUUGGCCAGUCGAGAGAUCCGUACUCCUGCGGACUCACGGGGAAAUCCUACUCUGUCCCUCAGGUUGCUGAGCGCGUCGACCUUCUGUCUCGGGCGCUCGCCAAAGAGUUGAACUGGGCACCUAACAGCGGUACCGAAUGGGACAAGACUCUGGCAAUUUUCAGCUUGAACACUAUUGACACGCUGCCCUUAUCCUGGGCUGUCCACCAGCUUGGCGGCGUCGUGUCACCGGCCAAUGCGGCAUAUUCGGCGGACGAGUUGAAGCAUCAGCUGCUUGACUCCAAGGCAAAGGCGUUGUUUACCUGCGCUCCUCUGCUUCCUACAUCUCUGGAAGCCGCCGCAAUGAUCGGCUUCCCGAAGGAUCGGAUUUAUUUGCUGGAAGUACCGCCCCAGGUCGGCGGAGGUAAGGAAGCUGAAUCGGGCUUCAAGACCGUGUCUCAACUGAUAGAGACCGGGAAAUCGCUCCCCAAAGUGGAAAGGUUGAACUGGAGCGCAGGUGAAGGUGCUCGUAGAACCGCUUUCCUGUGUUACUCCAGUGGAACGUCGGGUCUGCCUAAAGGAGUUAUGAUCUCUCACCGCAAUGUCAUCGCGAAUACCUUGCAAAUUACAGCCUCCGAGAAAACAUGGCGGGACUCCCUGAGUCUUACUGGCGGAUCAAGAUACACCGAUAUUGCGCUGGGUCUUCUGCCCUUCAGUCACAUUUAUGCGCUGGUGGUUAUAUGCCAUGCCGGGCCUUUCAGAGGCGAUCAAGUCAUUGUCCUGCCGAAAUUCGAGCUCAAAUCGUAUCUCUCUGCAAUCCAGAAGUUCAAGAUCACGGCCCUCUUUCUGGUAAGUGGCACCAACUCGCAGAGCACGAUAGAGAAAAUGCUGACCGAGUAUACCUUCUCUAAGGUCCCUCCAAUCAUUAUUACCAUGCUGCGAAACCAGGAUGUGUGCUCCAAGUUCGACUUGAGCUCGGUCACGACGCUGUUCACAGGUGCAGCACCCUUAGGAAUGGAGACGGCGGCCGAUUUCAAGAAGAUAUAUCCGAAAGUCACAGUUCGUCAGGGCUACGGUCUUACUGAGACGUCGACUGUCGUUUGCUCGACCCAUCCCACAGACGUAUUCCUCGGCUCAUCCGGUAUCUUGCUUCCUGGGGUCGAGGCACGCAUCAUGACCCCUGAGGGCAAGGAGGUCACCAGCUACGACACACCUGGUGAACUCGUCGUGCGCAGCCCAAGCGUGGUUUUGGGUUACUUGAACAAUGAGAAAGCUACCAAGGAAACAUUCGAGGACGGAUGGAUGCGCACCGGUGACGAAGCUGUCGUUCGAGUGAGCCCGAAGGGUACGGAACAUAUCUUCAUCGUCGACCGAAUCAAGGAAUUGAUCAAKGUCAAGGGCCUACAAGUCGCUCCAGCGGAGCUAGAAGCUCAUCUCCUCACCCACCCAGCAGUCGCAGACUGCGCCGUGAUCGCUAUUCCUGACGAGGCCGCUGGUGAAGUGCCCAAAGCCAUCGUGGUCAAGUCAGCCUCCGCUGGCAAUGACGAUGAAGCUAUUAUCAAAUCUAUCAAGAAGCAUGUGGAGGACCACAAAGCCAGACACAAAUGGCUCAAGGGAGGAGUCCGCUUCAUCGAUGCAAUUCCCAAGAGCCCAAGCGGCAAGAUUUUGCGCCGAUUGCUCCGUGACCAGGAGAAGGAGCUGCGGAGAAAGGCUGCAGCCAAGUUAUAA